AUGGAGCGUAUGGAGGUGGAAAAGCUGUUUCAGCAGCGCCCUAUCGCUGCUGUGCGCGAGUUUGAGCUGACGAUGCAGGCGUCUUUGGCCGAGAAAAAGAAGCAGCUGCGCGAAACCGUUGGCGAGAGCUACCGGGACCUCAUCUCCAGCGCCGACACCAUCAUCGACAUCUCCCGCUCCUGCCACCGCCUGGUGGACCUGACGGGGGCGCUGCAGCGGGGCCUGGGCGAGCUGGCGAGCGGCAUCGCAGCGGGUGGCGCUGCCGCACCCCCGACCACCUCCUCCUACGAUCGCCUCUACUCCCUGGGCAGCCGCAUCAAGUACCUCCUGGACACCCCGGAAACGAUCUACGGCUGCCUAGAUGGCGGCGAGUUCCUGGCGGCCUCGCGCCGCUACGUGCGCGCCGCCGAGGUGCACCGCCUGCUCACCGCGGGGCAGGCCAAGCAGGUGGCGCAGCGCUUCCCGCUGCUGCAGCACCAGUGGCCGCUGGUCAAGAAGUUCCGGUCGCAGGUGUACACUGCGGCGGGGGCGUGGCUGGGGUCGCACGGCGAGCUGACAGCCACGCAGGCGGCCUCCACGCUGGCGGCGCAGGCGCUGCUCAAGCCAGCGGAUGGCGCCGAGGUGCUCAAGGCCUUCCUCACCGCACGCCAGGCCUACAUCAUGCAGUGCCUCUCCGCAGCCACCAGCGCGGGCGCCGACACCGACCUGGACAGCCUAGCGUUCAUCCUUGCUGACGUGGCUACAAUGGUGUGCGCCACCCUGGCCCAGUGCGGCGAGCUGUUCCUGCAGCUUCCAGGCGUUACUGCCACACCCCUGCUGGCACAAGCGCUGUCUAAGGGUGACAGCAGCAGCGCCGACCUCCUGUUUGACACUGGCAAGGAGGCAGAUGCCUGGAAGGCUCACGUGGAGGCAACCAGGAAUCGGCUGGCGGAGCUGAGCGCCGCGGGGCUGGCGCUGGAGUGCAGCGGGUGGCUGGACCAGCUGUCGCUGCAGCUGCGCCAGCUGGGCGGCCGGCUGUUGGGGCCAUGUUCGAGUGGGCAGGGGCUGCUACAGGUGGAGGCGGCAGUGAAGGCUGCCCUGGAGGAAUGGCAAUACCAGCUGCAAGCCAGCAGGCCGGAUGCCGCAGCGGCAGCAGAUGCUGGGGGCGAUGUGGCGGCCAUGUCCUGGGGUGACAUCUGCCAGUGGGUGCUGGGCCGUCCGUCGCCUCUGUGGCCGCUGAUGUUUGAGCAGCCGCUGCUGGAGCGUGCCAAGCAGCUGGUGUCCCGCGACUUCUCUGCGGUGGUGGACGAGGAGGCAGCCAAUCUGCCCCCCUCAGCUCCCGGCACCUUCCAGGCAGCCAGUUGGUUUGAGGCUGUAGAGCUGCAGCCGGCCACGCCUGAUGGUGCCAGCAACGGGUCUGUUGGGGCCAGCAAGCGCCGGCGGCUGGCUGGGCAGCCCAAGCAGGGCUCAGCUCAGGCGGGCGCCGCGCAGGACCUGCUUUUGCAACGGUGGCUGGGACAAGCAGGCCACGUUGUGCAACGGUUUGACCAGCAGCUCAGCAAGGCACUGGUGGCCGCACUGGACGCAUGUGGCAGCCUGGCUCAGCCCGUCGCUGGUGGGACGGUGCCCGACGUGCGGCGGCCAUCCGGGCCCACUGAGGCAGCGGCCAGCAGGGCGCUGGUGCUGGAGCCAUUUGUACAAGACAGGUGUGCAGAGGCGGCGGAAGGCAUCGCUGCGUCUCUGGACGCCCGCCUGCUGGCGCUGCCCCACCCAGAGGCAGCGGGAUGCGGGGAUGCACGCUACUCGCCCAUCGCCACCCAAGCCCUCCUGCUGGGCCGCGUGGCGCUUGGGUUGGCUAGCCGCAGCAGCAUGCUGCCCGUGGUGCUGGGGCCACCAGAUCAGUGGCGUGCAUCAGUGAUCGGCGGCGCCGAUGCUGAGGCGGCCGGCAGGCGGCCGCUGCUGGGGCCUCGGCUGCCUGCCGGAGCCCCGGCAGCCCCAGCUCCCAGCGCACGCUACGAGCGCCUCCAGCAGCGGCUGCACAGCGUCGGGCUGCAGGGCUACGGCAAGUGGGCAAGCUGGGCAUCAGUGGGCCUUGCAUCGGCCCUGGUGGCAGGCCUGUCGGCAGACCACACCUUGGCUGCCGACGUGCCGCUGCGGUCGUGGGACGAAACCGUCAUUGGCGGUGCCGGCAAGGAUGAGCUGGCACUGGAGGCCGAGCCGGCCGGCUCCGGCCUGGAAAUGCGCUUCCAGCUGCCCGCUGCCCCCUCGCCUGCCGCCGUGCUGCUGGCUCUUGCCGCCUGCCAGGAGGUCGACCGCGCAGGCGGGCAUCUGCUGGAGGAGGAGCCUCUGCAGCUGUUCAAGUGGCGCCUGUGCGGCAGUUUGCUAGCUGCGCUGAGCGCUGCACUGGGGGAGGCAGAGGCCAACGGCGACGGCGGCGGCUUGGGCACUGUAGAGACGGCUGCGGUUGGCAGCGGCCACAGCGCGGUGCUGGCCGGCAAGGUGUCGGAGAAGGGCGUGCUGCAGCUGCUGUUUGAUGUGCGCUUCCUGCUGGAUCUGCUCAGCGGCGGGCGCCCCAUCAGCACAAGCGCCUCAGAUGCCGCUGGCAGCGCCGCUGCUGUGGCUGGGCGGCGGCGGGAGGCCAUGCAGCUGGAGGCGCAGCUCAGCGGCCGGCUGGACCCCAUUGAUUGGGCCACCUACGAGCCCUACCUGUAUGCCAACAAGGAUCGGGCAGCAAUCCGGCGCCAGGUGCUCUUCGGCGUGCUGCUGCGCGGCAACCAACGCACGGCACAGCAGGCUGGAUCAGGGGCAGCGGAGGGUGGCAGCAGCAUGUCUGCGGACAGCAACACGCUGCGUAUGGCAGCGGUGGGGCCUCGCUUCUCCUACCUGCCCGUCACCACUCCGGCGGCGCUGCUGCGGCAGACCUCCAUGCACCAGCUGCAGAAUGCGGGCAGCUCCUCGCGGCUGGCCUCUGGCUUGCCUGUGCUGGCUGGCGCCACUGACGUGGCUGCCACACCUGCUGCGCCUGCGGGGGAGUCCGCUGCAGCCUACAGCUUUGCUAUGUUGCUCAGCAACAAGCCGCGGCAUGCGGGAGAGGAGGACGAGGGGCCCAUUGCCAGCUCAGCCAGCUCAGCAGCCAUGGGCACAGGCGUGUCAGCUGCCGCCAACAAGCUGGUGGGCCUGCUGGGCGACUCCGGCCUGCUCUCCUCCUUUGCCCGCGGUUUCAACAAUUAG